AUGAAGAAAAACAACGAACAGAUAAAAGGGACUGCGUGUUGCGGAACCUGGAAGGGCGAAAGAAGUAGAACGGGUAGAAAACGGCUGGGUGGUGGCGGUGGCGGCGUCUGGCGCGGUGGAGGGCACGGCGGCGCAGAGGGGCAGUUCGGUCAGGGGGGAAAGGGAGGGGAUGGGGGGAUGUGGGAAAUGGGGGGCUGUUGCUGGUUGAGGGGGUUGUGGUUGACGGUGGUGGCGGUGUAUGGGGGCGCAGAGGGGGCAGUGGCGGAGGAGGAGGGGGAAGAAGAGAGAGGAAGAAAGAAGGGAAGAGGAGAGAGGGAGGGUAGGUGGCGGCGGCGUCUGGGUGGUUGGCGGCGUCCGGGUGGUGUCGGUGGUGGCUGGGUGGUGGCGGCGGCGGAUAGAGGAAGGAGAGAGGGGGAAGGGGUGGAGUUUGUGGUGGAUGGUAACGGCCUUGGAAUGGGUGUUUCCAGUGGUUUUGUAAGUUCUAUUCCCUUAUAA